AAUUGUCGACUUAUUGCCCCCCCUCCUCCUCCCGUUCCCGAUGGCCUUUGGAGAACUCCCAUCUCUUCAAGAUAUCUUUGUCUUCUUCAGGCUGCCCGCUCACUCAGCCCUGUUCCUCUGCUGGAACCAUGGCGACAACUAAUCGCCUAACGGCACUCCUUCUUUCACUAUUCCUCAUUCUCCAACUUCUUUCACUCACUGUCAGCGCCGCGGACUGUAGCAAAACCAAGCUCUGCGCCACUGGCUGCUGCAGCAAGGACGGCUUCUGCGGUACCACCUCAGCUCACUGCGGUACGGGUUGCCUGAGUACCUGUGACUGGAAGCCAGCGCCUACUGAGUGCUCUGCGAUGAAGCUCUGCGCCACUGGCUGCUGUAGCAAGGAUGGCUUCUGCGGCACCACUUCAGCCCACUGCGGCAGCGGAUGCCAGAGCACAUGCGACUUUAAACUCGGCUGUGACAAGAGCAACCCUUGCAAGGACGGAAGCUGCUGUUCCAAGUUUGGCUUCUGCGGCUUCGGUCCGGACUUCUGCAGCAAAGACACCUGCGUUACGGGAUGCGACGCCAAAACCUAUUGUGACCCCGGAGGCUACGGUUCUGAGUAUGCUGAGCACACCAAAUGUCCACUCAACGUUUGCUGUUCUAAAUGGGGCUAUUGCGGCUUGACCGAGGAGUUCUGCGGUAAGAAAAAGGUCAAAAGACCGUCCUGUUCCGCAAAGGGUCUGCCCAUGAAAAGAGUGGUGGGAUACUACGAAGGCUGGGCACCCGGCCGAGUUUGCGAUAAAUUCAAGCCGUCAGACAUUCCCGAUGGCGUCUACACUCACCUUAACUUUGCCUUUGCAAGCAUUGAUCCGAAAACCUUCCAGGUUGUCCCGGCAGCAAAGGGCGACACGGAGCUGUACCGCCAGUUGACGCAGAAGAAGCGAGCUGAUGCCAACCUUAAGGUGUUCCUCGCCAUUGGCGGCUGGGCAUUCAACGAUCCCGGUCCCACGGUAACGACUUUCUCAGAUAUUGCCCGGUCCGAGGCAAACCAGAGGGCCUUUAUCACGUCACUCGUUUCCCUGCUGAACACGUACAACUUUGACGGUGUCGACAUUGACUGGGAGUAUCCUGAAGCCCCUGACCGACAAGGCCGUGGCGAAGACUUUGCCAACCUACCCAAGUUCCUGCGCAAUAUCAAGAGCUCCCUGACGCAGAACGGUGAUAAGAAUGGCCUGAGCAUUGCGGUCCCAGCCUCUUACUGGUACUUACAGCAUUUCGACAUUGUCAACAUUGCCAAGCACGUUGACUUCUUCAAUGUGAUGACCUAUGAUCUCCAUGGCUCCUGGGAUACCCCUGAAUCGUGGCUGGGCAGCCAUCUCAACUCCCACACCAAUCUCACCGAGAUUGAAGAUGCCCUGGACCUGCUCUGGCGUAACCAGAUCGACCCCGACCAGGUGAACUUGGGUCUCGCGUUCUACUCGCGUACCUUUACGGCGUCGAAUGCCGGCUGCAUGUCCCCCGGUUGUUUGUUCACGUCUGGUGCUCCCAAGGGACCAUGCUCUGACGCCGUUGGCGUGCUGUCCAAUGCCGAGAUCGAUCGCAAAGUGUCCUCGACCGGAGCGAGUGUCACUCUCGACAAGAAAGCAGCCGCCAAGAUCCUCAAGAGCGGCCGCGAUUGGAUGACGUACGACGACGCAGAUACCUGGAAGAUCAAGCUUGACUUUGCCCGUAGCCAGUGCCUCGGCGGCGCCAUGGUAUGGGCCAUCAGCCAGGACACAUUAGACGGCAAGUAUUCCAAGCAGCUGCAGUCGGUCACGGGCUACAAGUCCCGAGCGUUGUCGAGCAUCACGACCAACGUCAACGUCGGCAUCCCCGGCACCGUCCUCAAGGAGAUGGAGAUUAGCGAAUCCAGCACCGAUGUCACCAAGAAACAGUGUCGAUGGAGCAACUGCGGCCAGGGGUGCCCGAGCGGCUGGAAGCCUGUGCCUCGGAGAGACCCGUAUAGAGACGACUUCAGGGAGCUCAUGUACGACGACACGGGGUGUGACGGCAAAGCCACGCGUGUUUUCUGCUGCCCGCCAGGAGACCAGCCAUGGUGCCAAUGGCUAUUCUUCAAUGGAGGAAAAUGUAACCCUGGAUGUCCCGCAGGCAGCGGCAUAGAAGUCGCCUCGACGAAGGCCGGAUGCAACAAUGGCAAGGCACAGGUGGCAUGCUGCAAGGACGGCGGUUCGUCCAUGGACAUCUAUCGUCAGUGCCAGUGGUACGGCAAGGAACACGACUGCGCCGUGGACAUAGGAACCAAGUCGUGCGGCUGGAGCUCCACGUAUAACAUGCCGCUGUUUUCGAGCGGUGAUGGCAGCGGCGCCCAGGUCUGUCGAGAUAGCAGCGGUACCCGCCGCUCGAGGCCUUACUGCUGCGAUGAGUCGGACUCCAGCAAUGCGCACUGGAAGAACUGCCAAUGGUACGACAACUUUGCGCUGGGAUUGACGCCGUAUGCCGGGGAGAAGACGUGCAACGCCAACUGCCCGGCUGGCAAGAUCAAGAUCGCCCUGGACCACUACGAGUCGCUGUGUGGUGACGGCACGUCGGCGUAUUGCUGCGAUGCCGAGGUGACAAUCUCGGCCGACGAGAAGAAGAAGAACCUCAAGGAGACGCUCAUCGCCUGGGCCAAGGCGCCGACGUGCCCGAACGUAGACCGCAGUCUCUCGUCCCGCUCCGUGUCAGAGGCUCAGGGGAAUGAGACUCAAGCAGAUGAGGACCCAACUGUCGUCAAGCGCGCUGUUCCGCAGGUCAGUGCCGCCGCGGUCAACUCGGCGCUGCAAGACAUCCUCGACCACCCUCCCAACUCCAAGCUCACCAAGGAGACCCGCGAGUUGUGGGACGACGCCAUGGGUACCAGAUGGGGGCACCUCAGCGGCGCAAGCCUGUCAUCGCUAUGGUACCCGGUCAAGGACACUAUCGGCUCGACCGAACUGAUCGCCGCCUCGACUCUUUGUAACAUGAACGGGUGGAACGCGGCGCUCGAGUCGACAGACAGCCAGACGAGUGUCAUCCAAUGUCCCAUGCCGCGGCUUGGACUUCUCGAACCGUCACUCCUCGAGAAUCCGGACGAUUCGCUGGUCGAUCCGCCCAGCACGACACGAGGCACGCUCGCCGACCAGUUGGGCUGGAUAAUUUGGCCAUUUACUAUUUUCGGAGAUCGCGGACUCUCCUCGAGAAUCGGCGGAGUGCGCGACUUCAAAGUCACUUGUCCAGACCAAUCCACGUUCCAGGUGUUCUCGGAGCAGUAUCCCAACGGCGACAAGGGCGAGAAUCUGGCAACCGCCAACGGCGACAAGGACCGGUAUUACGUGAACAAUGCUGGAGGCAACUGCUUCUCUUCUGGCAUUGCCGAUGAUGGCGACAAGGACGACAAGGAUAUGAACUGGGUUUCCGAGCACAUCCUGGAGCUUCAGAUGUUCCGUGACUUUAUCGAAUACAGCACGAGUGGUAAGCUCGAUCCAAAGCCCGGAAGCAGAUAUGGCACUCCCCUCAAAGCUGAGAUUUUCACGGGGGAUGACCGUCAUGAAUUGUCCAGCUGUAACAUGUGGAAGGUCGGGUUCGUCGACGGCUUUCCGGCGUGGACCAAGGCAGGGCACACGCAGACGCCGAUGAAGACCUUGUAUAACAUAUUGGGCUCUGUGUCUAAUCCCUCUGAAAUGGUCAACUGCGAGGCCAAGUUGAACAACAUCAAGACACAAACCUGGGGCCUCAGUGAUCCCAUGUCGGUGGAUAAGUGGAACAAGAGAUGCAAGCCGACGACCAAACUGGCCGCCGAAACUGCCAUUACCACGUUGCAGAUGGUCUUUGGUGUUUGGCAGUACCAAAACGACGAUAGCAUUCAGGCCAAGCUCCUCGCAACCCACGUGGCUGUGGCCGAUUUCCUGGCCGAGUUCGAGAAGCUCUACCGGAAGGAGUACCCAAAAACACCCCCCAUGGGCCUUGAGGACAUCCACUGGCGUGAGUACAUGACGAAACACGUCACUAGGAUGGUGAAUUUGAGCAAUGCCUGGGCUGCGGGACGUAUCAAGUCCCUCAUAUCUGACUGGACCGCUCAUGGGCAAAACCUGCUCAAGAAGAUGACUGGUGGCAUGUCACAAGCGGCGUCAAAGGCCCUCGCCGAGGAAAUCAACAUCAUGAGGCAAAACCUCGUCGCCUUCAGACAGCUUCAACGCAGCCUCGACUCUACCAUUAAGUUCGACGAGAUGAUCUUCCUACAAAAUUAGGUGUUGGAGAGUUCGCUAGGUUGAGUCUAGAAAGAACGCCAGUGGAUUCUCAGGCACUGGGCUGUAACGAGUAUUAGUAUACUGC